GAUUCAGUCUCUUUUCCCACCGUAGGCGAUAGGGAUGGUGCUGACAGUAGCCACCGCGCCGGGGAGAAAAGGCGGUAGCGGAGGCAGCGCGGUGACCGCGGCCCUGUGGCGGUGCCGGGAGGGUGUGGGAGAAGUGGACCUUGCGCCCACUAGGUCGGGUAUUGAGCCUAGGGCUGCAGCUGAGGGCUCGAGCCAGGCCGCGGGAGUGCUGCCAUCUCAACAGGUAGUCAAGCCACAUACUCCACUAAUAAGGUUCCCUGACAGAAGAGAUAAUCCUAAACCCAAUGUAUCAGAAGUUUUGAGACCAACAGGACUACCAUCUCACUCUUCAAUUUCACAGCAUUCUAAGGGAAGUAAAACACCAGACUGGCCGAUGCAUCAGGAUCCACCAGACACAGCAGAAAUAAUAAAAACGUUACCUCAGAAAUACAGAAGGAAACUUGUAUCUCAAGAAGAAAUUGAAUUUAUCCAACGUGGAGGUCCAGAAUAAUCACUGACAGUGUGGCUGCUGUUUGUCAUCAGACAAAAGAAUAGUCUUUGUAAUAAAGGACUUCCAAAAUGACAAAUGAGAAGUCGUGCAUUAAACAAUUUUAAUAAAUAUUCUGUAAAAAAAAAUGAAAUGCAGAAAAUUUAGAUGGACACUUGUAUCUCCUAAUUUAUGUAUCUUGGUCAGCUUCUCCACAGCUUACCUAAUUGUUUAUAUACUUUAUCCUUAUUAAAGGGUACAUUUUGAAAUGUUA